UUUCUGCAUUUGUUUUUAUUCAUUGUUCACAGUCUCUUGUAAUUGAAAGAAUAAUGAUUUGUUUUCAUGUUACUCGAUUCGAAAAUAACGAAUCAUAGGACCGUUUCUUUCGGUUGCACUUUUUGCACUUAAUUUUUAUUUUUUCUCUUUUCUUUAAAGUGCGAGUAUAUCUCUGUAUCAUAUGGAGACGUGAAAAUAGCUGUUAACAACAAUUGAAUAUUACAUGAAAGCGAAUGAAAGCGAUAGUUAAAUCUGAUUCGUUAAAUAUUUUAGUCAAGUACACCAAUCACGUUAUUCUGCUUUGAUCAUCGGUUCUUCUGAAUCCGCCCAUUGAACUUAUUCCACAGCUAGUAGCGGGUAAAUCUUGAACGACGUGCUUAACCAAACUUUUUUGUAGAAUAUUUGAUGAAAAGUAAUAAAUAAAAAAUAAUGUAUGAAAGAAGUACUUAUAAUAUUAAGAAACAGAAAGUAGAAAAUUGCUAAUAGUAAUUGAAUUACUAAGAAUUACAAAAUUAAGCUCUGUUUUUAAAAUUCUUGUGAUUUCAAAGCAAUAAUAUUGUGAACUAAUAUGGAAAACACAAUGGAAAAUUGGAAUGUAUCAAGCGACGGACCCUUUAGAAAUAUGUCUGUCACAGAUCGACCAUCUAUCGUUAAAAAGAAUCUGCAAUUUCUCUUAAUUUACAACGAACACAAUGCUCUUCUUGGAGGUACUAACAUGGUGGAUAUAUAUUGGACAGGUACUCUUUGGCACUAUAAUGAUAUCUUAGAUUUUACUAGAGAAAAAGCUGAUAUAACACAACAGACAGAUAGUGGUGUUUGUAAUGCUGUUUAUCUGACACAAAACAAAUUUGUUGUUGUGGAGGAUAGCGGUAUUGUGGAGAUCUUAGAAAUAAUUCAAGCAUCAGAUCAAAAACCUCAGUUUUAUUCUCUUGAACGCACUUGCCAGCAUGACGAUAGUGUCUUAACGGUAUCCAAGUUUUCCAAUGAAAGGAACAUUGUGACGGGAGGAAUGGAUUGUUGUUUAAAAGUCUGGGAUGUGGAGGAUUUAAUUGCAACAUAUUCGUACAGUUUUGCACAUACAGAUGUUAUCACCAGUACAGAUGUAAAAGCUAUGUCUACUUCUGUAUUUGUAUCCACCUCUUUAGAUGGCGAAUCACUACUUUGGGAUGUUAGACGAGCUAAACCAGCACAUUGCAUUUUUAAAAAAGAUGAUUGCCAAUUAACAGCAGUAGCUUGGAACAGCAUAUCGGAUCAUCUUGUAGCAGUAGGUGCAGCUGAUGGCAGCAUUACAUUAAUCGAUAUCCGACAAACAGAUGAUGUGCUAUGUGAGUCAGUUGAAUGUGACAGGGGCAUACAUAAAUUAUUAUUCAAUCCAGAUCCAGAAAAGAAAGAUGAAUUAGCAUGUUGCUCUGAUGACACAUCUGUGAAAGUAUUUGAUAGUUAUAAAGAAAUGCUGCCGAUAUUCGAGGAUAGCAGCCACAGCGAUUUUGUACGAGGACUCGCCUGGCACAAAGAUGGAUUAUUUUCAUGUUCUUGGGACGGAACUGUAAUUAAACACGUGAUAUUAUCCAGCAACGAUAAUAUAAGAACUGGACCGUCGCAAUUUAAAAUAAAAAUUCAUAAAUAAUGUGCAUUUAUUUCUGAGAUCUUUAUUGCGCAAGCAAUAAUGUAAGGUAUGGCGUAAUUAUAUUGCAUUUGAGAUAUUGGAAAACAUUCCUCUCAUAUUUAUUCAAACAUCUUGAUCACUUCGUAUAUUUCUACAACAUAGUUAUGCUCUCUGCAUGAUUACUCAAUAUAUUUUCUUAUUGCAGAAGAUAAGUAUUUGAAAUAUAAGACAGUAUUAUCACUAUGCAUAUAACAUCAUAAUGUAAAGUAGAUAAUUGAAUGUAUAGAUACAACGGAAAUUUUUGUAUCUCGUAGAUCUUCAAAAUUGUAAUAUACUUAAAAAGUAAUUCAAACAAGUGUUUUUUUUUUUAUUUUUUGAUCCUACAAUGUGUACAGUGUAUCAAAUAUCCAAUAGGAUUUUAUUUACAAAAUAAAGUUGAUGAAUCAUGAUAACGUCAGCAUAUUACCACAGAUCAAAGUUCCAUUACAAAAUAUUCAAAAAAAAAAACCUAAAAAAAUUACAUCGUGCAUAGUUCAAGGUGGUAAAUUAAAGGUAUAACACACAACACAGUAGUUCUAAUAAAAUAAACAAGCUAACUCAUUCUAUAUAAUGCAUAAAAUAUACAUAUAUAUAUAUUCUACGUACAUAAAAUAUAUAUAUGUAUAUAUUCUUUAUACCGCAAAAAAAUUGUGAGUUACUUCACUGAACACAUAGUAGAUAUAGUAGACAUAAUAUUUGCUCUUAUUGUAAAUAUCUCGAAUAUUUAUUUAAACUUCAUAUUUAUUCUUGUACUGUAAUUUGCAGGACUGAUCUGUAGGACAAUUGCAUUAAUAAUUUUUUUGUAAGUACAUUAAUGUCAAACUUUAUGCAUACAACGUACAUGUAUAACGUGAAAUUCAUUCAGAGAAAAGAUAGAAGAGUCACAAGAAAGAUGAUAUACUUAAUUGUAAAAGUAUCUUUUUCUUUAUAUUAUUAAUAUAUCCUCAUUUGUUAUGCUGAAUUCGCGCGCGCGCACACACACACAUGUCAUUUAAAAGUUGAAAAAUGUGUCUUGGAUGAUACUCUGUGCCAAUGUCUUUAAUUAAAAAUAUUCUGAUAUUCUGUUGAUAUGAACUUUCUCUAAGUAAUUCUGUUUAACCGUCAGUGCCGGAUUAGAUUUGCGAUUAUAAAUUCUACAGCUCUAGCUACACGUGAUCAUCCUUGUAUAUAAAAACUUGGAAAAA